AUGGAUCGGUCCAAAGAGCUGAAAUUCCUUGGUGUCCAAGGAAUCCGGGUCGAAUCGGCUCUGAUACUGAAACAAGCUCAUCGUUCCUUCAUCCUGACAACCCUGACACUCGUCCUCCCUCUCUGCGGCCUCAUCCUGUUCCAUUCUCAUGUCUCCCAACCUCUCCUGGCCACCCUCGUCCAUCUCGACUUGGAUGUGUCCUGGACCAGCAAGGAGUGGGCGGUCGUGAUGGCUGCCCACUUCCUCUUGCUGCUGUGCAUCUGCUUGUUCUUGUUCCUCACAACCGCCGUUGUCUCCUUCACUGUGGCCACCCUCUACUCCUCCGGGAAGCCCUUCUUCUCCUUGUUGGUGUGGUGCCUGAUCGACGCAAUAAAGAUCCUCGAUGAUAAGGUUUUGACUUUCCUCUCCAUUGUCAGCAUCAUUGGCAGUUUCAUCAUGGCCCCUGUGUACGUUCCAUUGGUAUGGUACCUCGUUAACAUUGUCACUGUCCUUGAGCCCGGGUAUGGAAUCGAUGCCAUAGGAGAAGCCUUAUAUCCCCUUACUGGUAGGGAACUCAUGGGCUCAAUGCUGGUGCUCGGGUAUUUCAUUAUUGGUGGCGUGAUCAGCAGGAUGUCCCAUUUGGUGGAGACGAAUGGGGCCACACUAGGUACUUUUGUGCUUGGCCAGCCUAUUCAGGCAAUCCUAUAUCUGGUCUUACUUCUUGUCGUGGUGCUCGUGAAUGUAUUCUGGUCGAUAGUCCUGAGCGUAUUCUACCAUGUCUGCAAAAGCUACCAAAAUGCCAACCUUCCGCUUGAUAGUUCGGAUAUAUUUUACCAUGUCUGCAACAGCUACCGAAGCCAACCUGUGUCAACAAGGCAGCGUCAUAUCUGA